CUGUUGUGCAGCCAGUGUGGUCAGGGAUGGGGUGGUUAGCUGUUCUAUUUCUUAUAGUGAUUUGCCUACAUAGCAAUCAUGCUCUUUUUAAUCCGUAUCCGAAAAUUCGUUCAUUCCGAACAAGCGGUGACGUAGGAGAACCACUCUUCCUGACGCCUUACAUUGAAGGAGGUAAGAUACUAGAAGGACAAGAAGCAGCGAAGGUAAAACUGCCUGGUACCAACGUUACCAGCUACAGUGGAUACCUCACCGUCAACAAGACCUUCAACUCCAAUCUCUUCUUCUGGUACUUCCCUUCAGAGGCAGACCCGAAGAACGCGCCAGUAGUCCUUUGGCUUCAAGGCGGACCCGGAGGUUCUUCUCUCUUCGGACUCUUCUGCGAAAAUGGACCGUUUUUCGUAAAAAAACUAAAAUUGAUAACUCGUAAGUAUUACUGGUCACAAUUAUUCAAUGUAAUCUAUAUCGAUAACCCAGUUGGGACUGGAUUCAGCUUUACUGAGAAUGAUGCAGGAUAUGCGACUGACGAAGUGAAGGUAGGACAAGAUCUAUACUCCGCUUUGAGCCAGUUCUUUCAGUUGUUUCCAUAUUUACAGAAGAACGAAUUCUUCGUCAGUGGUGAGUCUUAUGCUGGGAAGUACAUCCCUGCAAUCGGUUACACGAUCCAUAACAACAACAAAAUAAACAAACAGAAGAUCAACUUGAAAGGUUUAGCUAUUGGUGACGGGUUCACUGAUCCGGAGAACAUGAUGGUAUAUGCAGAUUAUCUUUAUCAACUCGGAAUUGUGGAUUCUAAUGUCAAGGAAACAAUGAUAAAAUUACAAGACGAAAUAGUAAAAGAUAUUCGAAAUAAAGAAUACAGGAAAGCAAUGAUAAAUUUGGGCGGAAUCAUGGCUUUGAUAGACCCUCACAUAAAUAUUUAUAACUAUAUUCAAAAUAAUAACUUCACCUCCGGAUGUGAUUAUGACCUUUAUGUACAGUCGGAUGUUGUAAGGAAAGCUAUACACGUCGGCAGUCUUACAUACAACGACGGAUCGAAGGUCGAAGAACACCUCCUAAACGACUCCUUGCAGUCAGUCAAGCCCUGGGUCGAAAUUCUUAUCGAGGAUUACAGAAUUUUGUUUUACAACGGCCAAUUAGACAUAAUCGUUGCAUAUCCACUAACGGUCAACUUCUUGCAGAAGAUGAAAUGGAGCGGCGCUGAGAAGUAUAAGAAUGCUCCCAGAAAGCAGUGGUUGGUUCAGGAUCAGCUGGCAGGAUAUUCGAAGACUGUUGGAGGGUUCUCGGAAGUUCUGGUGAGAGACGCAGGACACAUGGUGCCUCAAGACCAGCCUAAGUGGGCACUAGAUCUCAUAACUCGAUUUGUUUACAAUAAACCGUUUUAAUUAUUAUAAAUACUAUAUUUAACUAAUGAAAGUAAUGUUUCAAUUACACAGGAUAUGUUUCCGAUACUAUAUUUGAAAUGCACGAUAAAUUUAUAUUUUAAGUAAAAAUGAUUCAAUAAGUAUUAUGUAAAAAUUACCAACGAAUUGAUUUAAAAUUUUGAGAUAUUUUUCAAAUAAAAUAAAAUCAUGAAAUUAGUGAUGUUUAUAUAAACUAUUCCCUAUAGAGGCCGUUUUACACGGUCAAGUUUCUCGACCAAAAUUUUUGUUAAUUACUUUAGCUUUCAACUAUCAGAUCACC